CAUGUGCUGCUUAACCAGCGAUGUCCAACACGCUCAGUCGACUACUAGCUGACACUCAACUAGCAGCUCACACUACUAACUCACCGCAGUCAGUAUAGAAACACAGAAUGGAGCAUUUCAACAGAUUCACGGCUCCUGCUACGGAUAAACUUAGGCAGCUCCAAAAAAUCGUUCAAGACAUAAAAAAGAACGACGACAGCCUUUUCAACAGACUAAAAAGGUUUCAGAACGAACAAACAGCUAAUAUUCUCAAAACUGGGAGAAAUACGCUGAGCCGAAUAAAGAAGAAAAGACCUCCGAAAGUACCAGUGCGAGACUAUCAAGGCGAAGCUCCGGAUUCUGAGAAAGACUCUGAUUCAGAUUUUGACAGCGAUACGUACGAGGACCCUCAGGGCGAUCAUGACGAUAACUACGAACCUCCGCCGAGGCUUGAAGGACACUUUACGGUCAGCCCGUCCAUCACCAACCCCAGAGGAGAGUAUGUGGACAGCUGUCGUGGUCGACCGGCAAAACCAAACCAUCCUUUCCAUAUGCAACAGAGGCACAAACCCCCACGACCGACCCACCGCAGCCUGGCAGAGGAAGAUGAUGGCGAUUACAUUGAGCCGGAGGACGAGGCGGAUGAUGAUAAUUACAUUGACCCCACUGAGAAAACACUAAGAAAGCCGCCGUUUAACAGAGCGGUCAAACCGUGUGUUCCUGCUCGUGUAAGCGCUCCGGAUUUCUAUGAGGUUUCUGAUAUGAAGGAGAAUUCUCAGUCUAAGACAAGGUCUAACACGACUCUACAACCCAACACACAUAUGGCGCCACCUAAAGCCAGUCCACGAAUGAACAUCAGAAGGCCAACAAUAACUCCACAGGAACCACAGUCAGAGGACGAGUAUGAGGUGUGUGAAGCAGACGACAGUGUCAGUGAAGGGCCAGAGGAGGCCACAGAGGCCCGGAGACCAUCAAUGCCCACACCGCGACCUAGAGACCUGAAGAAACCUAAUCCUGCUUUGACACCGAAACCAAACAUUGCUCACAGAGACAGUGAAGCCACAUCUAUUAAAACAACACCAGUAACUAUAUCACGAAGCCCACCAGACACCAUGCCGAGCCCGUCGCCAACAGGGUUCCAUCGAGCCAAAUAUAUGCCUCUGCCUCGACAGCUUCCCUCCCAAAGCAGAGGGACGUUGCCUUCAGAGAGCAGAUCAGCUAGAGAUGCUGAAGAGGAAGCUGGUGUGUAUAAAAAGGUUUGGUAUGCCAGCAGCUGUGACCGCAAGACAGCAGAGGACGCUCUCCUACGCUCAGCUAAGGACAGCUCUUUUCUGCUCAGGAAGAGCUCUGGUGUGGACGCGCAGCAGCCGUACACACUGGUGGUGUUUUACAACAGCCGAGUUUACAACAUCCCUGUCCGCUACAUCGCUUCCACCAAACAGUAUGCUUUGGGGAAAGAAAAACAAGGAGAGGAGCGUUUCAGCAGCGUCUCAGACAUCAUUGAGAACCACCAGAAGAAUCCUCUAGUGCUGGUCGACUCACAAAGCAACACCAAAGACUCCACCAAACUCAGGCACGCAGUCAAGCCAUGAGGCAGCCUUUGAAACAGCGUGAAACUCAAGACAUUCAUGACAAAUAUAACUGCAUUGAGACGUUCAUUCAACUGUGUGGUAGUUUCACAUCUUACCUUGAGAGAUGAUGGAAACAGAUCUACGCUUGCAAAGCUGGGACUUGCUUCUACUUUUAUAACUUAUUUUGCAGACUGACAGGUUAAGGGGCCGUUCGCACAGGACGCGUUCUUGCGUUUGAAAACAGCAGCGAGACGCGCUGUUUAUUUUGACACGGCGCAACGUGAAGAAAAGUCUUUUAAAAAUACAUCGCAGGAGAACGCGUUUUGUGCAAACCGUCCCGAAACACAGAGAGAACAGCAGUGUUGUAUAAGAUACGCAAAUAUGGUACAGCUGUACAGUUUAUAUGUGUUUAUGGGUGUAUGAAUCGUUGUAUAAACAUUUGUUUUACCUUACAUAAGGUGUGUUGAGUAAAAAAAUAAAUAAAAUACUUUUUUUAUUAAAGUGGUU